AUGGUCGUCGCCGCCGCUGCGGUCGUCUUCCCCCUCCUCUCCGGCAUGGCGGCUCUACCAACAGCCAUGGCAGCUGUCGUCGAGCACACCUUCGUUGUGAGCCAGAUGAAUGUGACGCGCUUGUGCAAGGAGACGCUGGUGACCGUGGUGAACGGGCAGCUCCCGGGCCCGGCGAUCGAGGUCACCGAGGGAGACUCGGUGGUCGUCCAUGUCGUCAACGAGUCACCCUACAACAUGACGAUCCGUACUGAGCUGGAUUAUUCCUACCAAUCACGCUAUCAAAGAACAAAAUCAAUUUCCCGCCUGCAUGGAGUGAAGCAGCGGCUCAACUGCUGGGCGGACGGGGUGCCCAUGAUCACCCAGUGCCCCAUCUUGCCAGGCCGCUACUUCACCUACCGGUUCAACGUCGCCGGACACGAAGGCACCUUGUGGUGGCAUGCUCAUGUCCCCUGCCUGCGCGCAACCCUGCACGGGGCUCUCAUCAUCCGCCCACGACAUGGCGCCGCCUCGUAUCCCUUCCCUAAGCCUGACAAGGAGAUCCUCAUUGUCAUAGGGGAAUGGUGGGAUAUGGUGUUAGAACUGUAG